AAUGGCGCCAGAACCAGUGGCGGGCUGAGUCUUCUGGCAGUAUCCGACGCCAGUCCUACGGUGCGGGGCCGCCAGCCCCUCCCGGAAAUGGAGGAUGUGGAGGCGCGCUUCGCACACCUCUUGCAGCCCAUCCGCGAUCUCACCAAGAACUGGGAGGUGGACGUGGCGGCUCAGUUGGGCGAGUAUUUGGAGGAGCUGGACCAGAUCUGCAUUUCUUUUGAUGAAGGCAAAACCACAAUGAAUUUCAUUGAGGCAGCACUACUGAUCCAGGGCUCAGCCUGUGUCUACAGUAAAAAGGUGGAGUACCUCUAUUCACUGGUCUACCAGGCUCUGGACUUUAUCUCUGGCAAGAGGCGAGCCAAGCAGCUCUCUUUAGUACAGGAAGAUGGAACCAGCGGGGCUGCCAACUCAGGGGUGCCCCCUGAAGCAGAGGAUGAGUUCCUGUCACUGGAUGACUUCCCUGACUCUCGAGCUAAUGUGGAUCUAAAGAAUGACCAGGCACCCAGUGAACUGCUCAUCAUUCCCCUCCUGCCCAUGGCCCUGGUGGCCCCUGAUGAAGUGGAAAAGAAUAGCUGCCCCUUGUAUAGCUGUCAGGGUGAGGUCUUGGCCAGCCGGAAGGAUUUUAGGAUGAAUACGUGCACUCCCCACCCCAGAGGGGCCUUCAUGUUGGAGCCAGUAGGCAUGUGUCCCAUGGAGCCUAUAGAUAUGUGCCCUGUGGAGUCUGUGGAUGUGUGUCCUGUGGAGCCUGUGAACAUGUACCCCAUGCCAAGGAGCCAGAAGGAUCAUGAGGGUGCUGAAGAGCAGCCAAUGGAAGUCUCUAGAUGUGGGAGUCCUGUUCCUGUACUCAGCAUUUCCCAAGAGCCAGAAGGCCCAGUGCUCAGUGGUGGAGAUGAGGAUGCAGAAGAUGUGGAGGCUGCUCUAGAGCCUGCAGAGCCCGGGACCCCGCAGCAGAGUGCCGCCUUGCCAAGGAAAUACAUGCUGCGGGAACGAGAGGGAGCCCGGGAGCCUGUGUCCUGGCUGAAGGAGACCCCAGACCCCUGGCAGAGUCUGGACCCUUUUGACUCCUUGGACUCUAAGCCCUUCAAGAAAGGUAAGCCAUACUCUGUGCCCCCCUGUCUGGAGGAGGCUCCAGGACAGAAGCGCAAGAGGAAGGGAGCCACCAAACUGCAAGACUUCCACCAGUGGUACCUGGCUGCCUAUGCUGACCAUGCUGACAGCAGGAGGCCUCGACGAAAGGGCCCAACCUUUGCUGAUAUGGAAGUCCUGUACUGGAAGCACGUGAAUGAGCAGCUGGAGACCCUUCGAAAGCUACAGAGACGUGAAGUGGCUGAGCGAUGGGUGCCCAGGGCCAAGGAGGAUCUGUGGCCUGCAGAAGAGGAUCGCUUGGAAGAUUCCCUAGAAGACCUGGGGGUGGCAGCAGAUGACUUUCUAGAGCCUGAGGAGUAUGUGGAACCUGAAGGGACAAAGCCUGGGGAAGCUGCUGACCUAGAUACAGAGGCUAUGCCAGAGUCCCUGAGAUAUGAGGAGCUGGUCCGAAGGAAUGUGGAACUCUUCAUUGCCACCUCCCAGAAGUUUGUCCAGGAGACAGGGCUGAGCCAACGCAUCAGAGACUGGGAGGAUACCAUCCAGCCCCUGCUCCAGGAGCAGGAUCAGCAUGUGCCCUUUGAUAUCCACACCUAUGGGGACCAGUUGGUUUCACGGUUCUCCAGGCUCAAUGAAUGGUGUCCCUUUGCGGAGCUUGUAGCCGGGAAGCCUGCCUUUGAGGUGUGUCGUUCCAUGCUGGCUUCCCUGCAGCUGGCUAAUGACUAUACGGUGGAGAUCACCCAGCAGCCAGGACUGGAGGCAGCUGUGGACACCAUGUCCCUGAGAUUGCUCACGCACCAGCGAGCACACAUGCGCUUUCAGACCUAUACAGCCCCCUCCAUGGCCCAGCCUUGAAUGGAGAGCACUGAGACAGGUGGAAGGUGUGUACACCUUGAAGUCUUGUGCCCUUGGUGUGCCGAGGGGCCAUUUACUCCAGAGCUGCCUUCUAGCUGGCCCAGCCGAAUAAAGUGAUAUUGUCAUCCCACCCACCUGCCCAAAGAAACCGUUAAAAAAAAAGUGCCUGUUCUACGUAGUGAA